AUGUAUGUCCUGGAGAACAGCGCGUAUAUCAACAACCUGAACGCGGCGAUGGAGAAGCUGGCAGAUGCGGAGGCGAAGGGAGACGUGACCGCUAUCCUUCAGUUGCAGGCCGCCAUCAAGUUCAACGGCGGCGGCCACCUCAACCACUCCAUCUUCUGGAAGGCAAGGGAAAGAGGGAGAGGCGAGGAGAGUUAACCACUUUGAUAGCUGUGAUCGUGGAGCUGGCUGCCCCGUCACCAGAGUUUCCCAGUACCAAGGGCCACCUUAAGUUGUUCGUCCCAAUGAGGGCGUGGCUGUUUGGCAGCGUAGCGCUGAAGAAGAUACGGGACAUGAGAGAGGCGCCGUGUCGUCUCGGUAACGUGUUGUCUUCUUUCGUGUGUUGUUUCGUGUUGUAAAUGGCCGCUAGACGUGACCAUGCUCCAGAGGACCUCGUGCUAGUAUGUCUAGGAGAACAGAGACCCCAGAACAUGUCGAUAGGCUUUCGAGGCGUACCGCUAGGCGCG